AUGAUGAUACUACACAUCACCACUUUUUCCGCCCUUUUUUUGGUUUCCCUUAUUCGGAGAGCCGACGGUCAGCAGGUAACCGGAAAGUUUCGUUUUCUAGAGGUAUAAUAGCAGCCAUUUCUGUUGGAAAUUGGUAGAAAAACGCAAGAAUGGCAGCGAAAAGAACGAAUUUUAUGAAAAUCCUCCAAACUCGAGAACGUUGACUCAAAUUCAAAUUUCGCGCCCAAUUCCGUCAGAUGCCGCAUUUGCAGUGUCAAUGUGUUUCUCCGGAAGUGGCGGCCUCCUGUCUGGACUACGAUUCGACCCUCCAAGCAGAGACACUCGACCAGGCGAUCGCCUCGUUCACGGAUUUGUCGAUGAACGGAAUCGACGCGCAACAGGUAUCCUUUUCAAAUGUUCCAUAAAUAUUCGAAAGGAGUAGCAUUUUUGAAUCCGCAACGUCUUGAACCUCAAUUGAUCAAGUGUUGAAGGCUUAAAACAAAGCCAAGAGCAGGCCUGACGUUCCGAAUGUUUUUCUGUGAAAUCUUCAAGUCUAGUACUUUUUGAAAUAACCUCUCCCAGGAGUACUGUAGCUCACAGAAACUGAUAUAGACAAACAGUAGGUGUCUUCUUGUGUUUACCUUCGAUUUCCCCGAUCUUUUGAUGGCACACAUCACUAUCAAAACGCGUCUGAUUUUUUGAAUGUUCGGUUUCACAAAGUUUCACAAAGUGUCUCACUUGAUCCGUUCAUGAUGUUUGCGUAGACUUGUGACACAUCGGUCAUCAAACUUUUGCACUUUCAGCCCGUCGACGUGGGAUGUCUAACCGAACAGUGUCAAGAUUGUCGGAAAGAUCUGAGGAAACAGCUGCGGAAAGUCGGACUCCUCGCCCCGGACAUUAAUGACAUUUUGUCAGCGACGACGGACCGAAAUUCCACGUGUACACGGUACCGAUUUGUACUUGAAAACAGUCAGAAAGGUUUGCCGAACACAAUAUUUGAAGCUAUAAAGUGCAUUCAGAAACGAAAGAGGAUGAGGAUGGAAGUAGCAGUGAGGAAGAGGAGAAGGAGAAGAGGGAAAAGGUCUCUUUUUGUUUCGAAUAAAUAGUUUGAAUAUCAAUCAAUAUUCAGAAGGACAAAUCAAAAAAGCCAAAGCGAGAGAAACGAGCGGCCAACCUGCAAGAUCCCACUGUUAUCGGUAAGUUUUCAACUAAUUUGGGGUUUGGGAGUCUUUGGGAAUGCAUUUCCUGGAAAACCUGAAAAUAUAAGUGUUCUGUUCCCAGUGUCAUACUCCUCUGAUCCCCUCAAUAAAUCGCCACAUUGAAAUGUUCCUCCAUUCAGGAACGCGUUUCACAAUAUCGUGUUCUCAAAAAGGAGUGAGCGUCGACCCGACGGGAACAGUCUCUCUGUGCAAUUCGUGUUGGGUCUGGCGGCAGUUACCGUCCAACUACCGGCCUCAGUUCAUCAACGAACUCGUCUGCGACACCAGUGAUGACUCUUGUUUGAGUGGUUAGUUAUUUGACUAUCUUCUUCAUUUAUCACUUCUUUCGAAACUCUAGUUAGCCACGGGCCUACAAAGGUUACAUUUCUUAUUCGAAAAACAAUUUAAGAGGCGCUCUCCCAGAAAGUCGACAUAGUCACUACCAGUGUUGAGCGGAAUUCCGUCUUCCGUCUUCCGUCUUCCGUCCUCCGGGAAAAGGUUUUCUUCCGUCUUCCGGGAUUUUUUUUUAAAAUUAUUUUUUCAAAAAAAAAACCGGAGAAAAUGGUUCUGCAUUGACGAUUUUUUUGUUCCGUCUUCCGUCUGCCGUCUUCCGUGAGAAAAAUUUUCUUCCGUCUGCCGUCUUCCGGAUUUCAAAAUUCCAUUUCCGCUCAACUCUGGUCACUACUAGGCUAUGGCACAAAAAAUUCAGAAUGGUCUAAUUUGUCCCGUGUUAUUGGGUCCGGCUCCGCGAGCCCUGGGCGUAGCAGCAGCUGAAAAUAUGUCUGAAAACUAAAAAAUUUCAAAAAAAUCGUAGCAACACAAACUCAACGCCAUUCGAUUCCUCGCAUCUUUUUAAGCAUUUUUCAUGUUGACACCAAUAUUUUAGCACCCCUUUUUCAUGGAGAAAUUUUGGGAAUAACGUUAAAUUUAUGCGUUUUUUGAAUAAAAUUCAACUUUUCAAAAAAAGUUUCUAAUUUUUUCCAAAAAGCCCUUAUCACCAUGACAUUCUUUGCUUUAUAAGGCGUCGAUCAAAAAAAAAGAGCGAAAAACAGAAACCCUUAAAAGAGUCUUAUAGCGGGGAAACAGAGCUUUGAACUUUUGCACGACGACCAAAAGUGUAGAAAGGGGCGUGGCCUAAUCUGAGACGCGUUUUCUGAAAAUUGCCGGAAUUCCAGCACUUUUCCGAUAUUUUUGUGUUUGAUAUCGACGAAUGAAGACAUUAAAGAGAGAAAACAUUGAAAUUUUCGUGAAAACGCCGCCCGUUUGAGACGUUUUUGGCGCAUUUCGCAAUACGCCCUCCGCGGCCAAUCGCCGCCGCAAUUUCGGAAUUUUCAUACCGGCCGAUGUGGAUAGUUUUGAGACGAAGUGAGUGUCGGAAGUGAUUAAGCACUUCAAUACAAAUUUUUUAAGCGUUCAAACGGCAAAAAGUAUCGGCGAAUGACUGAAAUUCGCGCAUUUUCAGCACAAAACUUGAAAAUCGAUUGAAUUGAUUGAAUUUCUGAAUGAAACCUGCUCGUUUUAAGCUCAAAAAGUGCGCGAUGAUUAGUUUAACAAAGUUAUGCAAUUACAUCAUCGAAAUCGUACAACAUUUAGGUAUUUUUUUACGAAAAACAUGAAAAAAUGAGGUUAAAUUUCGAAUUUCGCGCCAAAAUAGUGAUGAACCGUGCACGCUAGGCCACGCCCCUUUCUACGUUUUUGGUCGCCGUGUUUUGCAUACUCAAGAAUUCAAUUGAAAACCGUAUGUCAUCUAAUUCCAGGAUACGCGCAGUGCACAGUCGGACACCGAACGUUCGAGGCGUUGCGAAACGACAGUGGAGUGACGACUACUGUCACACUGACCGCCGGAUCCUACUGCGAGUGCAGAAUAUCCGAGUUCUCCUCGCUUCAGUCGCUCGUGGCCGGAACUGGAAUCAGCGGCACGUACACUCCCGUCGGCCAUAACAACAACAACACUGUUUCCGGAUAA